UCUGAGAAGGCUUGAGCUGAUCUGAGCUGUGAGCAGACUCUCACUCACUGAGUCAGUGAAGCCGGCUGGCGGCUGCUUCUCCCGCGCCUGCCCGCUUUCCCCUCACAACUCUUCGGUCAUUCUCUCUCCCACAUACGCACAGCUGGAGUUGCCGCUUCCGCCAACUUACUCCCUGACGCGAUCUGAGAGGCUUUUCUUUUUAUUUUUGAAAAAAACAUCUUUCAAAAACAAGCGACGGAGGGAAGCUCGUCAGCGGAGCCGGAACCUCGGAACCUCCCAGCGGCAGGGUUAUUAAUUUUCAAUGAAGAUUCCUAUAUCAAUCAUUCCAUCUUACUGAUAACAGAUGGACUUUGACAACAGCACAUGAGGCUGCUAGUCAAAAUAAGAGCCCAUGGUAGGACAUGAAAGAUACUAGCAUGGACAGAAGAUUGGCUGACUGGCUGGAAAGAAAGAAUGGGAGUAAAGGAUGUCUUUUCUGGUUGGCUCCUGGCAACUAGUGGUGCUGCACAGGGGCUAAGGAGGUGAGGACUGCAUAAAAAAACUAAAGCAUUUGCGUGAAACUGGAACUAUUUUCUGCAUCAAGUCCUCAACCCCCUGACGGUGCAGAACAAACUGUUUACAUGGUGGCUUUCCAUAUCUGAAGGGAGAAGGAUAUCCUGAGAUUGAAGGAUUUGACAGCCCAGCUCUGAAAGAUGAAAUGCUCCAACUGAGUUUCGCUCUUAUGACUGUGUGUUGAGAGUAUCGAAAUGAGAGGCUUUUAAUAAGAGAAUUUGUUGGUUGUCAAAUCAAGAGGAAGCUUUAUUUGGGGAGGAAAGAAAAGAGUGCUACAAGAAAUUCUAGGAGCUUAUCUGAUUACUGGCACAAUGCUUUGAGGGAGUGGAAGACGGAACUCAUUCAUCUCGGCACAGAUCCCGUAAGCAUGCCAGCUCCUGACCUGUGAACAACUGCUGUGGAGUACAGAGAGAGCUGACCAGCUGAAGAUGAGACCAUGGGCCAGCUCCUGGCGAUGGAUUAUGUUGAUCCUUCUUGCCUGGGGGACUUUGCUGUUCUAUAUAGGCGGCCAUUUAGUCAGAGACAGCGACCAGCCGGAUCGCUCCAGCAGAGAACUGUCCAAGAUACUUGCAAAACUUGAACGUUUGAAGCAACAAAAUGAAGAUCUUCGGAGGAUGGCAGAGUCUCUGAGGAUCCCUGAAGGUCCCAUUGACCAGCUACCAGCUGCUGGAAGAGUGCAUGCAUUAGAAGAACAACUGCUAAAGGCCAAAGAGCAGAUUGAAAUCUACAAGAAACGUGCAGGCAAUGGUCCUGGGAAAAAACACGAGGAGCUAAGGCGUAAGAUUGAAAAUGGACUGAAAGAGCUUUGGUUCUUCGUGCAGAGUGAAGUCAAGAAAGUGAAAAAACUCGAAGGCGAUGAAGCACAAAAGCAGGCAGAUGUAUUACUUGAGAACCUGGGUGACCAGCACAGGUCCAUUAUGACAGAUGUAUACUACCUCAGUCAAACAGAUGGGGCUGGUGAAUGGAGAGAGAAGGAGGCCAAGGAUCUGACAGAACUGGUUCAACGGAGAAUAACAUAUCUGCAGAAUCCCAAGGACUGCAGUAAAGCCAAGAAGCUGGUGUGUAACAUCAACAAGGGUUGUGGCUAUGGCUGUCAGCUUCACCAUGUCGUCUACUGUUUCAUGAUUGCAUACGGAACACAGCGCACUCUCAUCCUGGAAUCCCAGAACUGGCGUUACUCCACUGGGGGUUGGGAGACUGUCUUCAAACCAGUCAGUGAAACCUGCACAGAUAGAUCUGGUACCAGCUCGGGCCAUUGGUCAGGUGAGACCAAUGAUAAGAAUGUCCAAGUGGUGGAACUGCCAAUAGUUGAUAGCCUUCAUCCACGACCACCAUAUCUGCCCUUGGCUAUUCCUGAAGACCUUGCAGAUCGAUUAACUCACCUACAUGGAGACCCCUCAGUCUGGUGGGUCUCACAGUUUGUCAAAUAUUUAAUACGCCCACAGUCAUGGCUAGAGAAGGAAAUUGAAGAGGCAACCAAAAAACUGGGCUUCAGGCAUCCAAUUAUCGGUGUUCAUGUGCGACGCACGGAUAAAGUUGGAACGGAAGCAGCUUAUCAUCCUAUUGAGGAAUACAUGGCACAUGUAGAGGAACACUACAAGUUUCUUGCUCGCAAGAUGGUGGUUGACAAAAAGCGAGUUUACCUUGCCACAGAUGAUCCUAACUUACUUCAGGAAGCUAAGUCUAAAUACCCAGAUUAUGAAUUCAUCAGUGAUAACUCCAUCUCAUUUUCAGCUGGACUGCAUAAUCGAUACACAGAAAAUUCACUGCGAGGUGUCAUUCUAGACAUCCACUUUCUGUCUCAGGCAGACUUUUUGGUCUGCACCUUCUCAUCCCAGGUUUGUCGAGUGGCCUAUGAGAUAAUGCAAACAUUACACCCAGACGCAUCAAGUUAUUUCCAUUCUCUGGAUGACAUAUACUACUUUGGUGGACAGAAUGCACACAAUCAGAUUGCAAUUUACCCUCACAAACCUCAGACUCCAGAGGAAAUUGUAUUGGAGCCUGGAGAUCUGAUUGGAGUGGCUGGCAACCACUGGGAUGGUUAUUCCAAAGGCAUCAACAGAAAAUCUGGGCGAACAGGCCUAUAUCCAUCUUACAAAGUGAAGGAGAGCAUCGAGACCAUUAAAUACCCAACCUAUCCAGAGGCUGACAAUGAGAAGCCAGAGUAACUGCAAGGACACUCCACAGCCUCGGUGAAUGUAUCUCGCCAUAAAUCUGAAAUCUGAAAGCCAACAUUGUUUUUUAAACUUUGAGUUCUGUGCAGAUGCAUCCAUCUCUCUCCAUUAUCCUGCUGUUGGUUGUGUUUGGUUGUCUGCCAAUAAUUCACGGUUAUCCUCAGUGACUGACACUGACCCAUUGUACAGGUUAGAGCAUGAGCAAAUGUCUGUCCAGUCAUGGUGCCUAACAUUCUUCAACCUUUGACCUUCCUGAAGAACCAUGUCCAAUAUUAGCAGUGAGAUGUCUUUGAAAUCUUGGCUUGAAGGAAAAACAUUAAACUUAUCAGGCAGGAGAGAUGUAAUCAUGAAGACUUAAUCCAUUCUGCAGCCAGUUCUUAAGAUGACGUUUUCGCAAGAAUUGAAAGUGUUUCUCCUUUACAAGUGUAGGUGAAGGGAAGGUCAGAAUGUCAAAUGCACAUCCUCAUUUCACAGUCUUUUGUAAAAGAAAAAUCAUGGACAGAAUCUUUAAUACAUAAUGUUUCCAGACAUUGUCUUUGAUAACAAAAAUAAAUAAAUCUAAAUGAAAUCAACUGAGUUAGUGU